AUGGCUCAUAAGUUCAUCAUGAAUUCCACUCAGGUGUUCAACCCCACGGGUCCAUGCGUUGCUUAUACUUUUGAGAACGGAACGGAAGAUGACAACUUGGACCUAGGAGGCUGCCUCUUUUUGUUCAUAAUGCCAUUUGAUGCAGUCGUGAAUGUGCUGGUUUUUGUGUUCUUGAUGCUCACAAUCCUGUCUUUGGCUGUGAACGGAUUCACUUGGUUGGGACUGGGACGCUCGGAGGACCUAUCUUGGGAGCCACGCUACACCCUGCUGAAGAACUUGAUUCUGAGUGACAUGGUGCAAACCAUCAAUGUGGGCCCCUUUGUGACCCAGUGCUUACUGCAGAGAAGCACAAUGAACUUUAACACCUUGUGCCUCCUCCAGUAUUUCACCGGCAGCGUCUGCAUCUUCAGCACCCUCAUCACCAUCACCUGCAUGGCCAUUGAGCGAUACCUGUAUGUGUGCCAUGCCAUCCACUACCUGUCCAUCCUCACCCCUCUGCGCCUGCGCCUCACCGUCGGCCUCACCUGGGUCUUGUCCAUCAGCGUUGGCUGCGUUAACUUCACCCUGCUACACCAGGGGAAGGGGAUGGAACGCCACAUGGGUUUCCCCAGGGCAGCGGCUAUCACCCGCAAGCUGGUGGGCUUCAUCUUCACCCUGCUCUGCCUCCUCAGCUACUGCUUUGCCUAUGUACGGAUGUACCAGGACGCCCGCAACGCUGUGGUGCCCUUCAACACGGUGAACACUCGGGCGCGCAACACUGUGCUUUUCUACUGUGGGAUGUUGUUCCUGCAGCUACUCCCUAUAUUCCUCAAGAUCACCUCGGAUGCUCUGUGGGAGCUGGAGGGCACAGGGGCCAUGAUGACCGCCCUCUCCGGGGCUGGGACCUCGCUGUCCGCUGGAACUCUGCACAUCUCCCUCCUGAUCCUCAUCAUGGUGCCUCCCUGCAUCAACCCACUUAUCUUUGGCAUUCGCAAUUGGGAGGUACGUCAGGCGCUGUUCAGACUCUUCCUCUGGAAGGGCAAACGCCCUGAUCUGGAGCUGGAGAGGACGUGGGUGAGGUCACAGCACAGGGCAGGUGUGUUGGAAUGA